AUGGCGCCGGUGAAGCGCAAGCGACCCCACGAUGAACCCGAACCACCACCGGCCCCCACCGCUCCCGCCGCAUUUACAGCGGCACCGGCCGAGUCAACGACGCGUCGCGCAACGCGUCAAACUCCGAUUCUGCCACCUCCAAUCCCGAUCUCAGCCACCACCUCUCAACCCCAAUCGCAGUCUCUAGGCCCCGCCGCUGUCGCCGAAGAGAAGCUUCCGGGCGGACGUCGCCCCUCGACUUCCAGACCGCACCUUCCCACCAAGAUCUCCGAGACCCCGAUACCCAUACCGAAGCACCCGUCUUCUUCAACCAGCCAUCCUCCAGUACAGCACCCACUACCGCCUGUGCAGCCAACAAGCCAGCAGCCCUCGAGCUCUGUGCAUCUCGAAUCCCGCGCGACCCGACAAAAACGCGAAAACGCAGCUGACGCUCCUAUGAUGGCGGCUAAGGAGGCCAAGGAAAACGUCAGGCCGGUGACACUCGUCGCGCCCAAAAUCACAUACCAAGUGCCGCAGACCCAGCUCCACCGGACGGGGAGCCUCGUCCGGCCCAGUCCGCCUACAGGCCAGCCACCCAUCACACAACACUUCCGUCCUGUGUCGACGCGGCCUUACCAUACCAUCCCCUCUACCGUCACCGCCGUGCCCGUUCCUGUACCCCCGACGCCAUCAUCGACACCGUCGAAACCCGCUCUCGCAGCGGCAGUGACAGUGCCAGCGGCAGCUCCGAGGACAACAGACAAAUCCACGCUACGGACGGACCGUAACAUCGACAAGGUGAUGCUCGGCAAUAUCUGCUUCCGCGCAUGGUACCCUUCGUACUACGGCAAAGAGGUCCUUGGUGAUACCGCAGGCGCGAGAGGCGGGGCCGGGAGCAAGAACUCUCAUUCCCACGAUGCGGCUGGCGCGCACAACGGCAACGGCGGGGUCGGCGCGAAGAACAGCCACCGUAAGGGCGCCGACGCGCCCAUGCUUGACAGGCUCUACGUGUGCCCUGUGUGUUUCAAGUACUCGAAAGAGCUGGUGGCGUGGUGGGGGCACGUCCGCGUGUGCGAGCGCGCGGGGACGGUGCCGGGGAGGAAGGUCUACGUGCACCCACGCGGGAGGAGGCUGGUGCGUAGAGAGAUUGCGCGGAUGGCAGGAAAGAAGACAAACGUCGCGCCAAAGUUUACUGAGGAGUACGUCACGGACGAAGGGGAAUGGAGUGUAUGGGAAGUGGAUGGGGAGCAGGACGUGCUCUUCUGCCAAAACCUCUCCCUCUUCGCCAAGCUCUUCCUCGACAACAAAUCCGUCUUCUUCGACGUCCGUGGCUUCAACUACUUCCUCCUCGUCUACACCCCGCCUCGGAAGCCCGACAGCCCGGACCCCCCACCGCGCCCCCACAUCGUCGGCUUCUUCUCCAAGGAGAAGAUGUCGUGGGACAACAACAACCUCGCUUGUAUCCUCGUAUUCCCGCCCUGGCAGCGCAAGGGCCUCGGCGCGCUGCUGAUGGGCGUGUCUUACGAGAUCUCGCGGCGCGAGGGCGUCGUGGGCGGGCCGGAGAAACCGAUUUCCGAGCUGGGCCGCAAGGGUUACAAACGGUUCUGGGGCGGCGAGGUGGCACGGUGGCUACUGAGCUGUCCCACAAACGGCAGGGGAGGGGGAGGCGACGCCGACCCGGCUUUGCUUGUCGAUCUCGAGGACUGCAGUCGAGCGACAUGGAUCGCGUUGGAGGACUGCCUGGCUACGCUGAGAGAGAUGGGGUUCGUCGUGGAGGCUGGCAAGGGGCCCGUAAAGCCGCCUCCGAAGCCGAAGAAGAAGAGGAAAAGUGCCGGCACGGAGGCGGUGGAUGGAGAAGGAGACGAGGAUGUGGAAAUGGAGGAGCCAGAACCCGAGCCUGAGCCCCGACCGGAUGUGCCGUGGGUCAAGGUCGACAAGGCGGCAGUUUGGGCUUGGGUUGCUGCGAACGGGAUCAGCCUGGAGAAGGUGUGUGAUCCGGAUGGGUUUGUGGAAGGUUACGCCAUCAAGAAGCCGGAGGCGGAGGAAGACGAUGAGUGA